CGUUGGAGAAAGAGAAUCAGAGAGGCAAGGAAAGGGACCAUUAAUGGCUUCAGUACUACUUUCACUUUUUCUCAUAUCCUUGCAUUUGUGGCUGUGCUCUGCCCAAUGCUCACCUCCCAACUACACCAGGAAUGACUUCCCUUCAGACUUUGCCUUUGGAGCAGGAACAUCAGCUUAUCAGGUUGAAGGAGCAGCAGCUGAAGAUGGAAGGAGCCCAAGCAUUUGGGACACUCAUACUCAUGCAGGGAAGAUGGCAGACAAGAGUACUGGAGAUAUUGCUUCAGAUCAAUACCAUAAAUAUAAGGAAGAUGUGAAGCUUAUGAGUGAUCUUGGAUUGGAAGUGUAUAAGUUCUCCAUCUCCUGGUCAAGACUUAUCCCAAAUGGUAGAGGUGAAAUUAAUCCGAAAGGACUGGAAUACUAUAACAAUCUUAUCAAUGAACUUCUUGGAAAAGGAAUUCAGCCACACGUUACUCUAUAUCAUCUGGAUCUUCCUCAAGCGCUGGAAGAUGAAUACAAUGGCUGGUUGAGCCCCAGAAUAAUGGAUGAUUUCACAGCAUAUGCGGAUGUGUGCUUCAGAGAAUUUGGAGAUAGAGUGACUCAUUGGACAACCAUGGCUGAAGUAAACAUCAUGUCAUUAGGAUCAUAUGAUAAUGGAGAUUUUCCACCUUCGAGAUGUUCAUAUCCAUUUGGAGUCACCAACUGCACUGCAGGAAAUUCCAGCACUGAGCCAUACAUUGCCACUCACAAUGCAUUGCUUACUCAUGCUUCAAUUUUUCAUUUAUACAAAACAAAAUACCAGGCUUUUCAACGUGGUUGGAUAGGCAUGAAUGUCUACACAUUGUGGUAUACUCCAUACUCCGAUUCCAAAGCUGAUAUUCAAGCAACAAAAAGAGUAAGAGAUUUCAUGCUAGGAUGGAUUGUGGAUCCAUUGGUGUUUGGGGACUAUCCAAAGACAAUGAAGAAAAUAGUGGGAUCAAGGCUACCAGUUUUCACCAAAUCUCAAUCAGAGUAUUUGAAAGGAUCAUUUGAUUUCAUUGGUUUGAAUCAUUAUACUUCACUCUUUGUUGUUGAUAAUUCUGCUGAGGCCCUCGCAAUGCCCAUUAGAGACUACAAUGCUGACAUGCUUGCUACACUCAUAGUGUGGAAGAAUGAAACACCAAGCGACAAGUACAUUCCAUCAUCAACUCCAUAUCGUCCAUAUGGGCUGAGAAAACUGCUGGAAUAUUUCAAGCAAAAAUACAAAAACCCUCCCAUUUAUAUUCAAGAAAAUGGUUGUGGACUUGGCAUGGAAGACACAAUGAAUGACACUUACAGGAUUGAUUAUUUGAAUGGUUACAUUGGAAUGAAGGUAGAGCAUGAUGCAGUCUUCCUGAGCUUAGCAGAGUCUUGGCUUGCAAAAUGUAGUAUCUUGAAAGAUGCUGGUGGAGCUUAUGUAGAGGCGGAAGCGGUAAAAAUAAAGGUAGCAGUACGACGCGGCUCUGGGAAACGUCUGAAACAGGUUUGGCCGCGUAGGAAGCCAUGGACUCACCGGGCGGAGAUUCUACCGAUCUUUAGUAGUGUCUCUUUCUUGAUUGGUUUGAUAGUGAUUGUUCCAUUGAGUGUUUUGGUUGAAGGAGCAGCAGCUGAAGAUGGAAGGAGUCCAAGCAUUUGGGACACUCACACUCAUUCAGGGAAGAUGGCAGACAAGAGCACUGGAGAUAUUGCUUCAGAUCAAUACCAUAAAUAUAAGGAAGAUGUGAAGCUCAUGAGUGAUACUGGAUUGGAAGCAUAUAGGUUCUCCAUCUCUUGGUCAAGACUUAUCCCAAAUGGAAGGGGUGAGGCUAAUCCUAAAGGAUUGAAUUACAAUAACAAUCUCAUCAAUGAAUUGAUUGAAAAAGGAAUUCAGCCGCAUGUUACACUUUAUCAUCUGGAUCUUCCUCAAGUACUUGAAGAUGAAUACAAGGGCUGGAUGAGCCCAAAAAUAGUGCUUUUCAACAUGGUUGGAUAGGCUUGAAUGUCUACACAUUCUGGUGUAUUCUCCAUUCUCCAACUCCAAAGCUGAUGUUCAA